CCCACCUCUAUGGCGGAGAUUGGUCGGCGUCGUGCUGACGCCAAAGUCUUGAGGCUUGCAGGAACGUCGGCGUGAGUUGUAAUUGGUCCUGGGAGGUGUCUCUCAGUGACCUCCCUGGCGGCAUGCUUCACCUCAGCUUUGUUAUCAAAGAGUGAAGCCGAAGGCAGGGUUAUUAUUACUGAGGGACCGGCGCAGCCAUGGCCACGGCCGCUUCCAACCUCUACAUGCCGAGCGCCAGCAUCCUCGCGUCCAAUUCCAUCGUUGCCACCGACUCUCAGGGCAUGCAGCAAGCGGGGACCUUCCGUGCCCACCAGAAACUCAUCCAAAGUGAUUAUCUCCAGGGGUUGCCCACCAACGGGCUCCCGCUCUCGCAUCAGUGGGUCACGUCGCUGCCAGAAGGUAGUCCGUGGACCACCACCACCAUCUCGGCUUCUCCCCUAGGCCAACAGGACGUGAAACCCGGCCGCGACGACCUCCACGUCGGGGUGACCAUGCACCACCGGUCUCCGCACAUCGCCCACCACUCGCCCCACGCCAACCACCCCGGCGCUUGGGGCACGGCGGCGGCUCACAACCCGUCCAUCAGCUCUGCCGGGCAACCCCUCAACAUCUACAGCCAGCCAGCCUUCACGGUCAACGGGAUGCUGGAUCAGGUCGGUCCGCUACCGCCGCCGCCGCCCGGCCAGUCCAUGCACCCGGGUUUACGGGACAGCGCCGAGCACGGGGACUUGAGCCAGCACCAUUGUCACGACCAGUCGGACGAGGAGACCCCCACGUCCGACGAGCUGGAACAAUUCGCCAAACUGUUCAAACAGAGGAGGAUUAAACUGGGCUUCACCCAGGCAGACGUGGGACUGGCGUUGGGAACUUUGUAUGGAAAUGUCUUCUCUCAGACCACCAUCUGCAGGUUCGAAGCGCUGCAACUCAGCUUCAAGAACAUGUGCAAACUCAAACCCUUGCUGAACAAGUGGCUGGAGGAAGCAGACUCCACCACUGGCAGCCCGACCAGCAUCGACAAAAUCGCCGCUCAGGGCAGGAAGCGAAAGAAACGGACGUCGAUAGAGGUGAGUGUGAAAGGGGCGCUGGAAACACACUUUCUCAAAUGUCCCAAACCCGCUGCCCAGGAGAUCUCCGGCCUGGCCGACAGCUUGCAGUUGGAGAAAGAAGUUGUCCGCGUCUGGUUCUGUAACAGAAGGCAGAAGGAGAAGCGCAUGACCCCGCCCGGCAUCCACCAACAGGACGAGGUGUUCUCACACAAUGUUGACACAGACACGCCGUCUCAUCACGAUCUCUAACCAGGAGCCGUGGAACUCACCGGGAAGGAGAGACCUUCACCCCAACCACCCCCCCCCCCCCCCCCCCCCCCUCCUCCUCCUCCUUCUUAAAUUAUAUAUUUGACUGGCACGCCGAGAGAGGAGGCGGAGGAAGGAGGGGGGGGGGGGGGGGGGGGGGGGGGGAGAGA